GUCUUCGGCAUAUCCCUGUUGAAAUAUUAUUAAACAUUUAUAAAGAAGCUAAAAUAAUUUGUGUAAACUGUGUUUACAGUACCUAAUUGAUAGAUGGAAGUAUGAAACCAUUAAAACUAAAUAUAUUCGAAUUCUUUACCAUCUAGUUUAUUCUUUAGAAAGUUCUAGGUACAUUUGUUUCAUUUAUAGUAGGUAUUUUUCUAUUUAUUUAAAAUAAAAGAGAAUUUACAACCGUGAGUCCGUGAACUUAAAAUACAAAGCUAACUAUUGUUUUUUUUAAUACAUACAUGUUUUAUUUACCAAAAUACUAACCAUAUGUUAACUAAAAUAAAAUUACUGAAAAUUAUUGGAAUAACUAUGUUUGAAAAUUAGUCGAAUAACUUUUUAUUCGAAUGACAUUGUUUUUGAAUUAUUCGAAUAAACUAUUAUCUAAAUAAAAUUGUAUCCGGAUGUUGCCCAACUCUAAUCCUCACAUGCUAAGGCAUUUAUCAGUUAGAAUAAAUCCCGCCAUAGACCUAAUACUAGUAACUAGUAUAUAACUAGUUAAUAGGUCUAUGGAUCCCGCCUUUUUGCAGACGAUAUUUUAAAAUCACAAAAUGCGGGAAGGACUGUAUAAGAGAUUAUUGACAAAUUCAUAAUAUUUUUACAACGUCUUUGAGUCACCUAUUCAACGAUGAAUUCUUCAGUGAUUGUUUAACAAAGACCAUUAUGUUGCUAAAUAUAAAUAUCAAUACAUAAGAGAAUUUCGCAGAAAUGCAGAAAAUGCUAUUAGUAAUUUUGCGAAUACACAUUUAUUUACGUUCCUAUAGGGUUACUGAGUAAUAACUAAUGAGUAUUGAAUAUUGAUAUAUUAGUACUAAUAUUUAAUAUUAAAUUUAUAUUCUAUGAUACUGGCUGUACUCAGUAUUACAAUAUCAAACCUUUAUUCGGUUUAUUCCAUGUUUGUACUGUUUGUAACUAUGUGUGUCGUCAACGGUGCCUGACAGAGUUGACAGUCAACAUUUACCAACAAUAAUUCGUUCGUUUAAAAUAUUUUGCCAUUGAGUAUUAUAUUUUUUCAAUUUUCAUUUGUUUGCUUUUUAAACGGAUUUUUGUCACUCAUUUUCUCGACAAUAUGGAACAAAUAGUCAAGAUUUUUGUACAUCAAAGUUAUUUCAUAGAAAAUGAUUUGAUCGUUGACUAUAAUGUGGAACAAGAAGCUCUUGUUAAUGUAUCCCCUAAAGAUUGGAUAGCAUUAAUACCUAAAGGGUGGUCUGGAGUAGAUGAACAAGUUGCUUAUAAAACUAUUGAUAGUGAUUGUGAUGUAGCAAAUUUAGCAAUUAAAUCAGUUAUUAUGGAGAAAAAAUGUUUCCAAGAUGUUGUUGAGUGUGAGAAACAUUAUCAACUUAUGUAUAUUAGCCAAUAUUUAGAGAUAUUAGGUAGAAGUGAAUACUUUACUUUUCUUCAUCAAUCUGGACCUUGCAACUGUAUUUCUUCCUCUGUACAAAAUGAAAAUAAGGAUAAUUUUAAGCAAAGUCGAUUAUCUUCGACCUCUAGCCGCAACAAACCAUUACGUAGACAAUCGCCAACACCACGUGCAUUUUACAAACAUCGACCUCAAUCGCAAAAUAGUGUUGUAAAAAGUGAAAAAUUAAAAUCAAAACAAUGGUCAACAAAUAAAUGUAUUAAUUGUAAUGCACCAAACAACUUUUCAGCACUUGAAAGUGCAUACCUUGCAAAAAUUCAAGAUUUAACAACAAAUAAUGAAGCAAUGGAGCAACGUUUAUUGACAUUUGAAAAAGAUUUGGUUCAUACAUUGGAAGUAGUUAAUAAACAGUUUAAAUUAAGCACAACCAUUUCACAACAAAAACGUGAUAUUCAAAAAUUCAUUGAUGAUUUAGUUGAUGGAUUAGUUAAUGACGGCAAGAUAACAUUUUGGGCUCAUGAUCAAGAGUUUUCAGUUGUUAGAGAAUUUCCAGAAAAAAACCAAAUCUCUCCACUGCCAGAUGACUGCACAUUGUCCAUUAAUAAAUCACUAAAUUCAUCCAAAGAGGUUUAUAUGAAAGCUAUCAUUGGCCAACAAGAGGAAACUAUUCAACAUCUUGUUGAUAAAAUAAAGGAUUUGUUUGAUCUUUUCCUUAAAGUAAACUCGCAGACAAAUGAACAAAAUAAUUCAGAUUCAACUUCAUCUGAAAGUAAAAUAAAUAAUAUUGGUUAUAUGGAUAGUUCAGGAACUACAUAUUUUUCUCCUCCAUCAUAUAUUACUGAUACUUUGAACGAUAUAAAUUUGUAUUUGGCCAAUACUGUUAAUUAUGAUCAUAGAAUUGAAAAAAUUGGGAUAAAUGAAAAUGUUUGUAACUGGACAAAAAACACUUUUUCUAGUAGUGAAUUUCCUGUUACACUGGAAUCAAGUGUAAUACCUACAUUAAAUAAUGAAGUCAAAGACAAAAUAUUGACCUUUGAAGAUUGGAAACAAGAAAAAAACGAAUUUACAUUGUGUACUCAAUCACCUGAGAACUGUAUCAAUGAAAAAACAAAUGCAUUGAACAUUAAACAAUAAAAAAAGACGCAAAUGAUAAUUUCGAAGAAAAUGUUUCUUGAGAUCGUCAUUUCAUGAUUUUAUACAUAAUGAUACUGGAGUUCAGUUACUUUUGGAGUUUUUUUUUUUAUUUAUUUUCAUAUAUAAAUCAUAAUUAUGUUAUUUUUCAUUUUUUUUUUUUUUUUUGUAUAUUCCAAGUGUAAUUCCCUAAAUUAUUUUUUUUUCUAUCAUUUAAAAUAAACUAAUAAUAUAUUGUUUGACUUUUGAAAAAAAUUGUAUUUCAAAUUUAAAAAAAAUAUGAUGUAAUAAUUACUUCAAGAAACAAUUCUUUUAGAAUUAAAUAACUUAUUUUGGA